AUGUCAUAUCUACCUAGCGUAAGCGUAAGCGGAGCUGCUGCAGCUGUAAAUAUGAGUUCAGCUGCUAAUAUGGCUGCUGCUGCAUAUUUCAAAAACGGGACAUACGGAGGAACACAUAUGACUGGUGCUGCUCUUAGUUUCACACCACCAGCCCACAAUUUUUUGCCUGCUAGUAUGGGUUAUAUUAGCGGAACAUUGGCCGAUUGUCAAAGUGCCAGCAUGACCGCAUGGGGAACAGGUCAAGCAUCAAGAAAGCAGAGACGAGAACGGACCACAUUUACUCGACUUCAACUAGAAGUACUCGAAAGUUACUUCUCGAAAACGCGGUAUCCAGACAUAUUUAUUAGGGAAGAAAUCUCUCUCAAAAUACAGCUGCCAGAAUCGAGAGUACAGGUUUGGUUCAAAAACCGACGUGCAAAAGCUCGUCAGCAAAAAAAAAUAGCCAAGCAAGAGCCACAUACUUCUGGCCUUUGCAUUAAUAAUAGCGGUCCGACGGAUCCAAAUACGCAGUCAGAUAGUCUUAAUUCUAAUAAUGAUACUAUAAAAGCUGAAGAUGAGUCUGAGCCAGCGGUUGUCGUGCAACGAUCAACUGUUUCUCCUACAGAGAUUGAUGCCGCGAAAAUUACAGCUUUUCCAGCAACAUAUUUAGGAACAAUAUCUCCUUCUUCGGCAUAUUCCACACAACCACCGUUUCCACAAGGCUACGGAUAUGCCGGUUAUCAAACAGCUGUUCCAACGCCAAUAGACUAUUUCCAAUAUCCGGCAAAUGCUGCAACAUAUGGAGCAAGUGAUGCCUGGAAAUUCAUCAAUCAGUAA